AUGGUGAAAGGAACCAACAGAGGAGCCAACGUGGUAGAACCACAAAACAUUUCAGCCCAAGAAGCAGGGCGAUCCAAUGGUGGGCCAACCCAGUUCGAUAAACAUCGGACUAUAGGAUGGAAAGGAAGAGAUCAGACCCAGCAAAAUAAGGGGAAGUUUAUAGACCCUGUCUAUACGAAGCUAAACACACCAAUCUCAGAGAUCCUCAAGAAGAUCGACGGACAGCACACAAUUACCUACCCAUGGAAUAGAGGUCAGCAACCAGGACGAACUAAAAAUCGGUCUGACUUCUGUGAAUUCCAUCAAUUCCACAGCCACACGACGGAUUCGUGUAGGUACCUAAAGAAGGUAUUGCAAGACAUGGUCAAUGAAGGCAAGCUGCAAGAAUAUGUGGUGCAACCAACAACUCCACCAACAACUGGGGCACCCAUACAUCGCGUGGAGAUCCCUCGCGAGGCGCAGUACUUAGGCUGCAACACCAUCUCACACUCGUCCAUUACCUCCCCUGUGCGAGAAGGAAACAUUACUGGAAGAAUACACAAACGAUACUUUAAAUGCGAUAAAGUCUUCAGUGUAUCCAGAGAACCUGCAAUGGAGGAGUGGAUGAAAUUACGUAUCAGCUUUUCAGCCUCGGAAGCACUGGAAGGAGGACAUAAUCACAACGAUCCUUUUGUGGUCACGAUGGCCAUCACACUCCCCGAAUACGAGGGCGAGGAAGUAAAAAACAAAGCGCUACCAUGGGAAAUGCCCAAAAUUCUAAUUUAUGGUGGCAGCUCUGUGGAGAUAUUGUUUUACGAAACAUUCAAACAAAUGGGCCUCAAAGACGAGUGCCUCAUACCAUCUACAUACAACAUAUUUGGCUUUAACGGGUCGUCCACUCGCCUAAGAGGGGAGAUAACACUAUAG